AUGGGGUCUUAUUCGGAGUCAGUUAUGUGGCUCCGGACUUUGUGUUUUGUUUUGACCGCUGUCUGCUUUUUGAUGAGCUGUCAUCGAGCGAGUGCAGAGAUUUGUCCAAGCAAGGACAUCCGCAACAAUGUGACCAACCUACAUACGCUAGAGAACUGCACUGUGAUCGAAGGCCACCUGAAGAUCUUACUCAUGUUCAGGACCAAGCCUGAGGAUUUCCGGGGCCUCAGUUUCCCCAAACUGAGGGUGGUCACUGACUACCUGUUGCUCUUCAGAGUUUAUGGCCUGGAGACCCUCAGUGAUCUCUUCCCCAACCUAACUGUCAUCAGAGGCAACAACCUGUUCUUCAACUACGCCCUUGUGAUGUUCGAGAUGCUCCAGCUGCGAGAGAUCGGUCUCCAUAGCUUGAUGAACAUCACCCGCGGAGCAGUGAGAAUCGAAAAGAACCCAGAUCUGUGCUAUCUCUCCACUCUGGACUGGUCCAAGAUCCUAGACUCAGUGGAGGACAACUACAUCAUGGCCAACAAGAACGACAGAGAGUGUGGAGACGUGUGCCCAGGCGCAGCCAUCGGAAAGACCACCUGCCAGACCACCACCAUCAAUGGACACUUCAGUGAACGCUGCUGGACUCAGAACCACUGUCAAAGAAUGUGCCCUGUUCAGUGCAAACAUCGAGCCUGCACCAAGGACGACCAGUGCUGCCACGACCAGUGCCUGGGUGGCUGCUUGAAGCCUCACUCAGCCGGUCACUGCGUGGCCUGCCGCGGCCUCCAGUAUGAGGACAAAUGUGUGGAGCGGUGCCCCGAAAACCACUUCACGUACAAGGGCUGGCGCUGUGUCUCUUUCGCCUUCUGCCAGGAUCUCCACAACAAAUGCAAGCGGGAGAAGGAGCACAGCAAGAGCCCCGACUGCCACGAGUACGUCAUCCACAACGGUGCCUGCAUCCCUGAGUGUCCCUCCGGCUACACGACCGUCAACUCCUCCUCCCUCAACUGCACUCCAUGUGCAGGGCUUUGUCCCAAGGUAUGUAUGGGUCUGAAAACUGUGGACUCUGUAACAGCUGCCCAGGAUCUAAGAGGCUGCACUGUUCUCAACGGGAGCCUGGUCAUCAACCUGCGUGGAGGAAACAACAUAGCAGCUGAACUGGAAGCCAGCCUGGGCCAGCUGGAGGAGAUCACUGGCUACCUGACAGUGCGACGUUCAUACGCCCUCGUAUCCCUUUCUUUUUUCCGCAAACUCCGUGUUAUUCGUGGAGAGGAACAGGAAAUCGGGAAUUAUUCAUUUUAUGCCCUGGACAACCAGAACCUGCGGCAGCUUUGGGACUGGUCCAAACACAAGCUGACCAUCCUCCAGGGACGCAUGUUUUUCCACUACAACUCCAAACUCUGCAUGUCUGAGAUUCGCAAGAUGGAGGAGGUGACAGGGACCAAAGAGCGGCAAGUCAAGAAUGACAUCGCCUCCAAGACCAAUGGAGACCAGGCUUCAUGUGAGAACCAUGUGUUGAAGUUUACCCAGAUUCGAACCAUGAGUGAUAAAAUAAUGGUUAAGUGGGAAGCCUUCUGGCCGCCAGACUUCAGAGACCUGCUGGGCUUCAUGGUGCUCUACAAAGAAGCACCCUUUCAGAACGUAACCGAGUUUGACGGGCAGGAUGCCUGUGGCUCCAACAGCUGGGUGAUUGCUGAUGUGGACCCUCCGCGUCGAGCCACAGAGGGGGACAAAGAACAGUUCGAGCCAGGUCAUCUCAUCCUGCCACUGAAGCCCUGGACGCAGUACGCCAUUAUGGUGAAAACCCAGCUCUCAGCCUCUGACGAGCAUCAGGUCCACGGAGCCAAGAGCGAAAUCAUCUAUGUUCGCACAAACGCCACCAAGCCGUCAGUCCCACUGGACCCCAUUUCCUCGUCCAACUCUUCCUCCCAGAUCAUCCUUAAGUGGAAACCUCCCAAUGACCCCAACGGCAACAUCACUCACUACCUGGUCUUCUGCCAGCGCCAGCCCGAAGCCAGCGAGCUCUACAAGUUUGACUACUGUCAGAAGGGGAUGAAGUUGCCGUCACGAGUGCCCACUCAGGUGGACAGUGACGAGGAGCAGAAGUGGAACCAGACGGAGGAGCAGGGCCAGGGGACACGAUGCUGCGCCUGCCCCAAAACCGACAAGGAGCUCAAGAAGGAGAAAGAGGACUCAGAGUACCGUAAAACCUUUGAGAAUUACCUCCACAACGAAGUCUUUGAGAUCAAACGCUCAAGACAGCGGCGUUCUGUGAUGGGCAUUGCCAACAGAACGCACCCCUUCCUCACCACCGCCCCCAGCCCACCCCAGGGCACGGACAUCCCCGAGGAUGAGGAAACCUUUGAAAGCACCAAGACGGUGGUCACGGUCCACGCAAAGGAGUCCACUGUCAUCUCAAACCUGCGACACUUCACCAGCUACCAGAUUGAGGUCCACGCCUGCAACCACCCGACCGACCCGGCCCGCUGCAGCAUGGCAGCGUAUGUCAGCGCCCGUACAAUGCCUGAAGACAAAGCUGAUGACAUUGAGGGUCCCAUCACUUACGAGGUGACAGAAAAUUCAGUGCACAUCAUGUGGUUAGAACCGCUGGCCCCUAAUGGUAUGAUCAUCCUGUACGAGGUCAACUACAAGAGACUGGGAGACACUGAGGAGCUGCACUACUGCGUGUCGAGGAACAUGUACAAAGUGACCCGUGGUUGCAAGCUGAAAGUGAUGCAUCCUGGGAAUUACACGGUGAGGAUCCGGGCCACCUCGCUGGCUGGGAACGGAUCCUGGACUGAGCCCACGUACUUCUACGUCCAGGAUGCAAGUGAUCCUCUCCACAUCGUGAAGAUCGUCAUCGGGCCGGUCAUCUGCUUCAUUCUGCUCCUGUUUGUGGCUGUGGCAGGAUUUGUUAUGUUUAAGAAGAAUCAAACUCAAGGGCCUAGUGGUCCCAUCUAUGCCUCUUCCAACCCAGAGUAUCUCAGUGCUAAUGACGUGUACGAGGAGGAUGAGUGGGAGGUGGGCAGAGAGAAGAUCCACAUUUUGAGGGAACUGGGUCAAGGCUCCUUCGGCAUGGUCUACGAGGGCAUCGCCAAGGACAUCAUCAAGGGCGAGGGGGAAACGCACGUAGCGGUGAAGACGGUGAACGAGUCGGCCAGCCUGAGAGAGAGAAUCGAGUUCCUGAACGAAGCCUCGGUCAUGAAGGCCUUUAGCUGCCACCAUGUGGUGCGUCUCCUGGGUGUUGUGUCUAAAGGCCAGCCCACCCUGGUGGUGAUGGAGCUGAUGACCCACGGAGACCUGAAGAGCUUCCUGCGCUCUCUGCGACCUGAUGCCGAGAACAACCCUGGACGUCCACCACCCACUCUGAAGGAGAUGAUCCAAAUGGCCGCUGAGAUCGCAGACGGCAUGGCUUACCUUAACGCCAAGAAGUUUGUCCACAGAGACCUGGCAGCCAGAAACUGCAUGGUGGCUCACGAUCUCACCGUCAAAAUAGGAGACUUUGGUAUGACCAGAGACAUCUACGAGACCGACUACUACAGGAAGGGAGGGAAGGGCCUGCUGCCCGUCAGAUGGAUGGCACCUGAGUCUCUGAAGGACGGAGUCUUCACUGCACAUUCAGACUGCUGGUCGUUUGGGGUUGUGCUGUGGGAGAUCAGCACACUGGCCGAGCAGCCGUACCAGGGCCUGUCCAACGAGCAGGUCCUCAAGUUUGUCAUGGACGGAGGCUACCUGGACCGGCCGGACAACUGCGCCGACAGACUACACAACCUGAUGCAGAUGUGUUGGCAGUACAAUCCCAAGAUGCGCCCCACCUUCCAGGAGAUCAUCGAGAUGCUGCGCGACGACCUGCAUCCUUCCUUCCAGGAGCUCUCCUUCUUCUACAGCGAGGAGAACAAGCCGCCUGAGACUGAAGACUUUGACCUGGACAUGGAAAACAUGGAGAGCAUCCCGCUGGACCCGUCGUCCUACUCCCAGAGGGAACAGUGUUCGGACAGGGACGAGGCCUCCUCCAUGGGCCUGAGGGGCAGUUACGAGGAGCACCACAUCCCCUUCACACACAUGAACGGGGGAAAGACCAACGGACGAAUACUGGCCCUACCACGGUCCAGCCCCUCCUAACAUACUGUACACAUCCUGCAUAAACACAUCAUUGCUAUAGAUUUAAAUAUAUUUUUGUUUUUUUGUUGUCGUUUUAUAUAGAUCACACUUUUAUCACUCUCUACAGGAGCCCCUCAGUGCAUAUCUCAGGACAUUAUUUUUCUCCUCAGAUACCACAAACACACACUACAGCAAGUCCAUGUAUGGAUGCCAGAAGACUCUUUUUGUAUUUAAGGACGAACUUGCCGCGUCUCUUUUGUUCAUGAUUGUAGUUUAUGUACUGUAAAUAAUUGCCAAGUUUGUGCUAGACUGGGUGGAUAAUGGAUUCAACUGUGAAACAAACUCUUGACAAACAAGAAGGCUGCUAAACCCACUGUCCCCUUCCCGAGUCCAGACUGUGUCCCUGUCCCCGAAUUCAACAAGAGGCUUCAUCCCCGGGUUGCUACGUUUUGGGAAAAAAAAAAUGAAAGAAAAAAAAGUGCCCUUGUAUUUUGUUUGUGGCCUACAUCAGUUGUCAUGAAACUGUGUCUGAAUCAUUGUACGCAAGCGGAUGACGAACUGAAAAUGAAAGACUUUGGGAACUCUGUCGGAUGGUCAAUGACGGUCCAUCCUCGAACAAACUCUAAUCCACUGGAGAAGCUGGUUGAAGUGGCUUACCUCCUCACACUCUGCAGUAUUCCAAAAUGGCACACAGGAUGAACACAGGACUUAUGUCGGGUUAUAUAUAUUUUUUUAAUUUAUUUACGUGUCUUGCUUUCUUUUUAUUUCUUCUUUCCUCUUUUUUUUUGAGUUUUCACACUUACAGCUGAAGGAUAUUUAAACUGUUUUUCAGAAACAUGUUGGUGAACGAGUUCCUCAGAUUGACCAAUAGCUGCUUCUUUGGUAUAUUUUAGUGGGUAUAGAAGAUAAAAAAAUAUAUAAAUAUAUAUAUAUAUAAAUAUAUUGUUAAUGUUUUUGUACAUAGUUGUUGUCAUUCUUGAGGUAUUUCCGGUCAUAGAAAAAUGUUUUUACAUGUUAGUCUCCUAUGUUUAUUUUUUCUAAUCCAGAAAAUCAUACUAAUUAGCUUUUUUGGACUCAUGAUCAACCAACAGCAUUUGGUCUUUUUGCUACGCGAUGCCCGGGAGAAGGGAGUGUUUGACGUCUUCAGCUUAAGAUGUCUGCCCAUUAUAUCAAGAUCAAAUAAAAAUAGUGCUGUAAAUAAUGCAGCAAGGUGCAUUCACGAGGAGGCUCCCGCAGUGCUUCUGUUAUUUUCCAUUCUCUCAGUACAUGUGUGUUUUUCCAGACAGUGUUGUGUUAUUUCAGUGAACACUGAGGUGGUUGUGUGUGUAUUUAAAAGGAAGUUGUGCUUUUAGCAUGGAGAGGUAAGAGUUUGUUUGUGACAGAGCCAGACGUGCAAAAAUACAAUGUACAUACAUUGAGUGAGAUAGCAUUAUCGAGGCCAAUACAGAUAUUGAUAUUUUCAGAUCAAAGAGAAAUCCUUUUUACACAACCACUAAGUUUGUUGCUCAAAAGUUUUGAUGAAGGUAAAUACUGAGGGAGAAUAUUUUACUUUUUACAUACUGAUAUUUUGCAGAUAAUGACAUUAAAUUCAGCCUCCAGUCUUUGAGGUUUAGUACAAUGAUGCCACCUGCUGGCAAACAUUAAAACAUACUACCGUCUAUGUGAUGUCAUAGUCUACAAGGCCAAGCAUUAAACUUUUUCCAUAUUUUUUUUAUUUAUGCACAAUGUUGAAUAUAUACAACUUUUAAUGAUAAACAAAGCUUUGAAGGUUAAUUGUUUCAAUACUAUCAUGUAAAGGGAGUUAAGAUGAAGUCACGCAGGUAUUCACCACUAAACCUAUGCUACUUGUAUAUAAGUGUCUCCCAUAAAGAGAGACAUAAAGACACAGAUGUUUUUGGUCACUGUAAUAAUUCCUCUGACAAGGACAAAAAUCCACAGACCUCGUUCUAUCUGUCCAUCUGAAGUUAACAUGAAGCUUCAGCAGUCUGAUUUUUUUUUUUUAAAUGUCCUCUCUAUGUGUCGACAGAAUGUUUUUGGCUCAGCAGCAGUGGAGAAAUGGAAAUGCAAACAUGGAAUUUUAUACAAAAAAAAAAUUACUAAAUGAAUGCGGACUGUUUAAGCUUCUUUAAAAGUUAAAAAUGCA